AGCAAAUUGGCCCAACGAUCCGUUUAUAUAACGCACAACCUCGGAAAAUUUCCACAACUCGACUCAAGCGCAUAGCUUUUCUCCUCAUCUUCCACAUCCCGAAACCCUAUAUCCGAAAACCCUACCUUGCGCCAUGGCCAAGAAGCGAAAGUCCCGAGCUUCGAGCCGGCCUGCAGCCGAACCAGAGCAAAUCCAAAAUCAAGAGCCAGAGCAGGAAAUACCGGAUCAAGCUCCAGAGCAACAGGUAGAAGAGUUAGUAGAAGACGAAGUGGAAGAGGAAGCAGAAGGUGCGGAUCUUGAAGAAGAGGAUGAUGAAGAGGGCGAAGAAGAAGAAAAUCAGGAAGAUGGGAAGGCGGAUCCGAUGAAAACAGAUGCCGAAACCGGAAAAGAAUUCCCGUCAAUUGAUUCCGGAUCUACUCAGAAAUCCAACGGGGAGGAGAAGGAGGUUACGUUGACCGAUGAAGUAGAUGACGACGACGAGCCACUUGAAAAGGUUCUUGAACCCUUCUCGAAGGAACAACUCAAAGCUUUAAUUCAGGAGGCUGUGACCAAACACCCAGAUGUCAUGGUAAACGUUAACACAUGGGCUGACAAAGAUCCUGCCCAUCGGAAAAUCUUCGUGCACGGUCUUGGCUGGGAUACGACUACUGAAACCCUGAUUACCGUGUAUGGGAAAUACGGGGAAAUUGAGGAUUGCAAGGCCGUCAUUGAUAAGGUCUCAGGGAAGUCUAAAGGUUAUGCCUUCAUACUAUUCAAGCACAGGAGCGGAGCAAGGAAAGCUUUGAAAGAGCCCCAGAAAAAUAUAGGCGGAAGGAUCACAUCUUGCCAGCUGGCUUCUGCAGGUCCUGUUCCGGCUCCCCCACCUACCGCUCCGCCUAUAUCUGAGUAUACCCAGAGGAAGAUUUUCAUCAGCAAUGUUGCAGCAGAGUUGGACCCCAAGAAACUGUAUGAUUUCUUUUCUAAAUACGGUGAGAUCGAAGAAGGACCUUUGGGGUUGGACAAGAAUACAGGAAAACCAAAAGGGUUCUGUUUGUUUGUUUACAAGUCUGUUGAGAGUGCAAAGAAGGCUCUAGAGGAGCCUCAGAAGAGUUUUGAAGGGCAUACACUGAAUUGCCAGAAGGCAAUUGACGGCCCAAAGCAGAGCAAGGGUUAUUCUCCGCAACAACAGCAUCAGCCACAUUAUUCACAACAUCAGCAACAACCGUAUUAUCAGCACCCCGCAAAGAAGGGGAAAUACUCUAGUGGCGGUAGAGGAAGUGCAAAUACAUCGGCAGGGCAUUUGAUGGCCCCAGGUGCUGGGACAGGACCGAUUGGGUUCAAUCCAGCUGUUGGUCCAGCUCUUGGACAGGCACUGACUGCAUUGCUAUCAUCACCAGGAGCCGCUGGACUAGGGAUUAGUAAUCUACUUGGAGGACUUCCUGUGAACCCUCAUGGAGCUCCACCUGCAGUGAACAAUGCAUCCGGGUAUGGGGCCCAGGGUGGUGCAGGAGGAUAUGGGAGUCAUCCGGGACUGCAGGGAGGAUAUCAGAACCCAUCAAUGGGUCAGGGAGGAGUGAGGCCACAAGGUGGUGCCCCCUGGCGUGGCCAUUAAGUCCAUUAAGCCUUAGAGAAGAUACCUUCAAAAAAGCAUCACUCUUUUUGUUUUGGACUGGUGAUUCUUCUGAGGUUCCAGAAUCAAAAGCAAAUGAUGUAUUUUACUUUGGGAAAAAGUUACUGUUUGUUUAAAGACCAGAAUGUUUAUUUUCUACUUACUUGAAACAGUUUUAUUCUAGCAGUUGUUUUCUAAAUCUAUGGCCACCUUUAUGGCCUUUGUAUCUCUGUAGCACUUCUCUUAUCGCACUUUUCAUUUAAAAACUAGUUGAGGUUCUGAUAGUGAAUCCUCAUCAACAUUUCUCUGAAUUUUAUUUGGACGGUUUCUCUAUCA